UCAUCAUCAUCUGUUUUUUUUUCCAUAACCACACGCCUCUUAGACUCAUCUGCCUAAAUGUCCACCCCUCUCCCAACCACAACUGCCCCUCAACCAACACCAGCAACACCAGCUGCUGCUGCUGCUGCUGGUACUGCCAUCCCUCGAUCAGCACAGCGCGAUGCUGGAAAUAGCAAGUUGGGAACAUUUGGGGUCAAAUCAGGCUUGGCUCAAAUGCUCAAGGGAGGCGUCAUCAUGGAUGUCAUCAAUCCAGAGCAGGCACGCAUUGCCGAGGAGGCAGGGGCAUGUGCUGUCAUGGCACUCGAACGUGUUCCUGCAGAUAUUCGCAAAGAGGGGGGUGUUUCACGCAUGAGCGACCCCGCCAUGAUCAAGUCCAUCGUUGAUGCGGUAACCAUUCCUGUCAUGGCAAAAGUUCGCAUCGGUCACUUUGUAGAAGCCCAGAUCCUACAAGCCAUCGGUAUAGAUUACAUCGAUGAGUCUGAAGUUCUUUCUCCUGCAGACGACGAACACCACAUCAACAAGCACAAUUUCAAAGUGCCCUUUGUAUGCGGCGCCCGUAACCUUGGCGAGGCCCUUCGUCGCAUCUCAGAAGGAGCCGCCUUCAUCCGCACAAAAGGCGAGGCAGGCACAGGUAACGUUGUCGAGGCGGUCCGCCACCAGCGAUCAGUCAUGAGCGAGAUCAGAAAAGCUAGCGUUAUGAGCGAAGAAGAGCUGUAUGCAUAUGCAAAAGAGAUACAGGCUCCAUUCCACCUCCUCAAGGAAACAGCCCGCCUAAAACGAUUGCCGGUCGUCAAUUUCGCUGCUGGGGGUAUCGCCACGCCUGCUGAUGCUGCGCUUAUGAUGCAGCUGGGCUGUGAUGGAAUUUUUGUCGGUUCGGGCAUUUUCCACUCUGGGGAUCCGGCCAAACGGGCGCGAGCCAUCGUGCAAGCAGUGACUCAUCACAACAACCCCAAGAUGCUCGCUGAGGUAUCAGAAGAUAUUGGUCCUGCUAUGGUCGGUCUCACGAUCGAUGCAAAUCUAAAGGGGGGGAGACUCGCUUCUCGCGGGUGGUGAACCAAAACAAGAGCAAAAAGAAGCGAUUCCACCUACGCGAUUGGGAUUGUGCGUGGUAGACGUAAACUUAUAGGUCUAUGUAUAUAAAAUAGAUUGCGUAUGGCGCAAGAUGUUUGCUUCAACGUGUUUUGUUUCUCCAAAA